AUGAUGAUGGCGCACAGGAGUGCCCGGAGUGCCCGGGGUGCACUUGGGCUGGGUGCUUCCGCACAGGUGAUGGGAGUGCUGAUGCUUCUGGCGCUCGCAGCAGGGCUGCCUUGCUCCAAGACUGGCGAAUGCGAAGCGCAGCAAGACCUGCUUGACCUCACCCAGACACAUGACGAGGCCAACAGCACUGCCGAUGGAUUGAGUGAGGCGAUCGCUGCAGACGCAGCAAAUCCCAAGGGGGCCUCCCUGGAUGCCCCGAAGAUUGUGGUCCUUUGCCUCUUUGCGGGUGGAAUGCUGUCCUGGAUUCUGGCCACCAUCAAAUGGGCAGUCGAUGGUUCGCUCCCUGCCAGGCUGGCGGUUUGGGGCCUGCUGCCUGAGGCCUUUGCGGCCGUCAGCGUGCGCUCGGCAGCGGCGCUGCUGAACCUGAAGAGUGGCUCCACGCCGGUUCUGGUGCUGAAAACCUGUGUCAGCGACAGCAACGUCGAGGAACUGGCCAAGGCCCUUCGUGAGCACGGCAAAAGGGCAGAGUUGCAGGCGCUGGAGCUGCCUUACAACCACCAGCUGAGUGAUGCAGGUGUCCGUCGACUAGUUGAAGCCGUGACCGAAGCAGAGGUGGUAUUGGAGGAGCUCGACCUCUCCUUCAAUGCGCAGCUAGGUGACGCAGCAGUGCGUGCUGUACAGCCUCUCUGCAUGCCACCCAGCCGGCUGUCAACAUUGAGGCUGGUGGACUGCUCUCUGGGCCGCGAGGCGCUGUCGCUGCUCGCAGAGCAGGCAUCCAGGCUUCGGCUGAACACGCUGCACCUCUCAGCCAACAACCUGACGGGCCUCGGCGAGGUGCUGGCGGAGGUCAUGGAGGCCCCCGUGCUGGAGGACCUGGCGCUGGUGCAUUGUGGUCUCUCGCUGGAGGACUUGACGAAUGUCGCGGAGCAGCUGCCGUAUACCUCCCUGAAGUCCAUCCAGCUUGCUAGCAACCAAAUCGAUGGGGCCGGCCUUAAGGUCCUGGCAGAGCAGCUGCCGAAGACACAGUUGGACGAGCUCGGCCUGGAGCAGAACUUGCUGAAGUCGGAGGACUUGAGCUGUCUUGGCACUGCGUGGGCAAAGCGUCCGUUCUCACGGCUGCGGCUUGGUGGGAAUUCUGUGGAGAAGGAGGAGGUGGCGAACUUCAUCAAGACCUUGCGCUUUCUUCAAGCGUGA